AUGGAAAUUUUGAUCGCGUUGUUCUUGAUUCUGGCCACCCUCUGCUAUGUGUUGUAUCGGAAGAAAAUGGAGGAAGGGCCGAGACAGCCCGAGAUUCGACGGGUAUAUCAGCGAGGAGGCGGCUCCGCCAUCAGCGCUUCGUCCAUGCUCACUGAGGUGGGUUGGAGGGGAAAUUUGAAAAAAACUUUUUUAUAGGAGUCUCAUUAUGUAUAUGUCGAUCAUUUUUCUUCAAAAAAAUGGUAAUUACAGGGUGCGCCAAAAAUAUUGGGACAAAAAUCAAUUCCGUGUAGCUUUUUUCGGCUGGCCUUGGAAUCAAAACUUUUGGCCGUUUUAGCAAGGGUAACAGUCUUGCUAUACGGCAACGGUAAUGCCAGGGUUGGGGCCUAUUGCAAACUUGAAAAAAUAUUCAAAGGUUUUUGGGGGACCAAAAUUUUCUUUUCAAGUGGAUGACCGGGAAAUCAAUUUGGCCAUUAUUUCCGCUAAGGGAAAGUAAGAUCCUUCAAAUUUAUUGUGUAUAAAGCACAUGCUAUUAGCUUCGUAACAGCGUAUGUAAUCAUGGUUGACGACCGAUCUGGCGGCGCUGGUCGCAAAAACAAAAGAAAUCCCGAAAGUUCGGAUUUUUAUGUUUUUAACGAUCUCAAUACCACAGUAUCGCCCGUGUUGCUCUAAAAUUUUAUGGUUAUAGAGUGUUUACAUAGGGAAUUGUCAUACUGUAAAAGAAAAUCUACACCUACAAGGGGACAGUUUCUGUAUGGAAAAAACUUUAUGGUGCGGAUUGGAGGCACGGUCCUUCGAAGCUUUAUAUAUUUUGGCAGUUUACUACAAGUUGAAAAGUACUUGAGCGUAAAAAUCGACGUAACGCUGUACUCGGGAUACAUGCUGACACAACUGAAUUACUUUUAGCGAUCUUCAGUCCAGGCUCACUUGACGAGCAACCUUAGAGUAAAUUCUACCGCUAUAGUCACUAUUUCAUCCCCCAGAGGCAGAAGAUAAAAAAAUAAUUUUUCAAAGACGACUAGUCAGACUCUCGUUGUCCUUAUGAAAGUAUCUCUGAUGCCUAAUACGCUGGGAACCUUACAUCGAAACUUCUACAUAAAAAUCUUUGAUCUUACGGAAGUUUUCUGGAAAACGGCGCGUUUUUAGGCCGACUUUGACGGGCUGUAAAAGAUGUAAUCGUCAUUAUAAGUAAAAAUCAUUUUUAGUGUAUAAAAAGCGACCGCUACUCUGUCAUAUGAAGUGAAUUUCCGCCAUAGCAUGCAACGGUAAAAGUAGUCUUUCCAAUUUUUAUCCAUUUUGGGGUCCGUGUCUCUGGGGCCUCAGUUGUGAGCACUUAUAAUGGCAGAACAGGUGUCGUAUACGACUACUCUGUCUGAAACUUUGAAGAUAGAUUCUUGGGAGCAUUGCACGUUUGCACAAGCGACCACUUUGCUCUUGUACCCUUACAGCCCGCAGGGCAAGUAAAAAUAUGAGUCCCAAUAUUUUUGGCGCACCCUGUAGUUUUAAAAAAAUUGAAAAUUCAAAAAAUCAAAAAAAAAUUUUUUGGAUACCCUAGCAUCAAUUUAUUCCUAAAAAAUUUUAGCUCAAAACCUUUACCUGAAGCGGAGAUAUUAGUCAAUCUUUUUUUCGGAGAGAGCACGUGACAAGAGGAGGGUCGGCAAGACAAAAAUCCGCAUUAUCUUCACAGGUUUCGCUCUCGAAAAAAAUUCGAGAAAUGCCGUAUUUUACCCUAAAAUUAAAAAAGUUUUUUGAGUGAUGUGCGAUUUUUUUUCUCUAAUCUUUCCAAGCUGCGCCCGAAUUUCGACUUUUAAGACUUUUAAGUCGAACUUCGACCACCGAAAUUUAAAAAUUUUGGGGUUUUUUAAAAGAAUAAUAGCCAUAAAUUCCGUAUUUUACUCUAAAAUUUCAAGAUAUUUUGAGUCCGGUCUAGCUUUCUCCCAAAUUUGACUAGCUGCGCCCAAACUUCGACUUGAUUUAUUUUUUAUUUUUGAGGCGAAAUAGCUACCAAGAUAUUCGCUUCGUAUUUUACAUCCAAAUCUAAAAUUAUUUUCAGUCCUAAACAAGCAGAGAUUUGUUUAAAUUUUUCCAAGCUGCGCCCUAGAUUUUUUCUUUUUUUUUUUUGAAAUUUGACAUUUUAACUUUUGAUUGUGCAUUAUGAAGAUGUCAUCGUAUUUUACAUUCAAAUCUAAGACAAGUUUUACUUCUAAACAAACAUAUUUUUUAUUUUUUUCCAAGCUGCGCCCUAGUCAAAAAUAAAUUUAACUUUUUUUGAAAUUUGACCAUUUUUUAGUAUUUCUUGCACAUAAUUCGAAGGUAUUACCGUAUUUUACAUUCAAAUCCCAGCUAUUUUUCAGUCCUGCACCAGCUGCUCGACGCUGAAGCCGGUCCCUUCGACGCAGCCGAGCCCGGUUAAAACCGGCACCGAUUACGAUGGAAGCGCGACGAGCGACACGGUUGGCCCGGCGUCGGACUCAACCACGACCGGCCACUCGACCGCCAGCACUCCCACAGCAGCCGGAAGCGAAGUGGAAACGCAGCGAGUAAGUUGAGGGAUUUGUGGUGAGUAGGUUAGGUUCAGACGAAAAUUUCUAAACUUUCAGUACACAGAUCUUGACGAAAUUCGGGAUAAAUUUAGAGCAAGAUAUACUGGGGCAUGUAGGCCUUUUUUAUUUUGCGAGUUGCAGAAAUGACCGAGAUUUUUAGCCUGAAAAUUGACGAAAAUUCUGCAUUUUUUUUGCUUUUUUGGCUUGAAACAUUUUGUUUUUUGGGCUAAAAUCUAUUAGAAAUUGAUGUUUCACCUAGUUAGAAGGUCCAAACAAAAUUUAAAGAAAGCCCGGACGUCUUAGCUAAAAAUAAAAUUUUUUGAUUUUUUCCGAACUGCGCCCGAGUCUCGACUUGAAAUUUUUUGUAUGAGGUCCCAAGGGGGUCAUCAUUAUUUUUAGUGAUAGAUGAUGAAUUUAAACUAGUUUAAAUUCUGAUUUUCAGUUCAUUUGUGACUGUGGAAACACUGGAUUGAGUCCCGAAGAAAGAGAUUCACUCCCACCCCCGGAAGAGGCGAAUUAUCGAUUAACCAAUCCGAUCCAAGUAUUCCCCAUCAAGUUUGGAGCUUAUAAACCCAUGGAGUUGGUGGAAGCCAUCGGUAAAACGUUUUAUUUUUUAUUUUUUUUGUUUAUUUUUUUUGAAAAUUUUUGACCCAAUAGCUGUUGUGAAAUAUGCGUAUUUUACCGUAAAUUUAUUUUAGUACAAUUUAGAUUUUUGACUUGGAAUUUAGUGGAAUUUUUAAGACUUUUUUCUUUUUUCAUUUUUCGUAUAAAAUGUCACACUCCCAAGAAAAUUCAAAAUUUCACCGGGUAAGUAUUUUUUCGUAUUUUACAAAAAGUUUUAUUAAAAGAUCCAGAAAAAAGUCGUUAAACUCAAAAAGUUUUGGUCGUAUAAAACGUCACCCUUCUAAGAUUUUCAACAAGUUUCUCAAGCUUUUUUAAAUUUUGAUUUUUUUUUGAAUCCAGAAACAAAAAACAUGUUUGAUCGUAUAAAAUGUCACCCCGAUUUUCAGAAGGUCCUACUGAACUGAACCCAGCCGCCUUGAGACCCAAUCCCCGCCCCAAAACGACUCGGUUGACGGCUUUCCAACCCUCCCUCCACUCCGUUUAUCUCGCCCAUCAUUACGCAACGCUGAUCCAGGAACUGAUCGAGAAUUACAAUUACUUGUGA